AUGCCCUCUGCAGAGGGGCUUGAGACGGACCGUGGGGGAGCGAAAGGUGAUGGCGACAGUGACCGUCGCUAUCACGGAGACCGCCGCAAGCCACAAUCGUUUCCCCUCCGACCCCAAGCCAUUCCCUUCUCACCAACUCGCUGGUUCGACUAUCUUCCAGACACAGACCACGUUAAACUCUUCCUCUCCGGCGACUGGCCUGCAUCGCCGUUGGGACCGCUCGAGUCCUGGGACCAGAUACUUCGCUUUUCUGUUGUCCGAGUACUUACGGAUUCCCAACCGGCAUGCCUGUUCUGGGGAGAUAAGAAAAUCGCUAUCUACAAUGACGCCUAUGCGCCGCUCGCAGGCAAGGCACACCCUGCCCUUAUGGGCUCCCCUCUUACCUCGGGGUUUCCAACGAUGUGGGAGAGAAUCCUUUCUUUCUGUGAUGCCGCCGAGCAGAGGGGCUCCGCAAUAGAUAUGAAGGAUCAAGUUGCUAUUGAGCGCGACGGCCUGGUCCAGGAGACCUACUUUACCGGCAACUUAAUUCCAAUUCGAGGAGAUUCCGGCAGAGUGGAGGGCUUCCACAACUCAACCCAUGAGAUUACUCGACAACUCCUGAGCGAUCGGAGGGCCAGCAUGCUUAGUAGCAUGGAUAUCCCAAGCGGAUUCGAUCAUCAUGGAAACCUAGCAAGCUAUGUAAUGCCUUCCCUCGAAACAAACAAUCUGGACAUCCCCAUGGCCCUCCUUUAUGAAAUAGACGAGCACACCGUCCCAGACACAUCCCUUGUUGUACUCUGUGGCCAGAUUGGAGUCCCCCCUGGUCACCAGAUAGCAUUGGAAAACGCCGACUUGCAUGAUUAUAAUUCGGGGGGGCUCGUGUCCGUUCUCCGCCAGGCGAUCGCACGUGGAGGUGCGAUCACUCUUCCCGUCGAUGAAAAAUUUAUGGGCGUCCAAUGGCAGGGCUUUGGUGAGCCAAGCAGAAGCUUCAGCAUUCUUCCACUGUCAAGUGCUGGGAGAUUGUUUGGGUUCUUGGUCAUUGGCGCUAAUCCACGUCGACCGAUUGACGGCGACCAUCACCAGUUCAUGCGGGAGCUGGCAUCAAAGGUAUCAUCUAUUGCUGCGACCAUCAUAACUGUCGAAGAAGCGAAGAGACGCAAUGAGCAUCUAGAGAAGCAAAUUGCCAAUAACGAAAAACAGAUCCGUUUCAUGGCGCAGAAUGCGUCAGUCGGGAUGUUGCACUCAUCGAUUGAUGGUGCUAUGUUAUGGGCUAAUGAGCAAUAUCACAAGCUAACAGAAUAUGAUGGCCAAAAUAUACCACUAAGCAGAUCAUCACAUCUAGAAAUUUAUGUUGAUGAAGAUCAUGCAAAGGCUGAGGAGGCCUGGAAGAGACUCAUAGGGGGGGCCCCAAAUGUUUCCACGGAGUUACAUCUGAACAAGCUGUUCACACCACCGUCUGGAGACCCAGAGCCCUCGUGCAUACUGUCGCACUCUUUUCCUUACCUGGAAAAUGGCAAGGUCAAGUCAGUCAUGACAUGUAUGUCUGAUAUAUCUGCUUUGAAAUGGGCAGAAAGAACCGAGGCUCGUAAAGCUACUGCUGCAGCCGACGCCAAGAGACAGCAAGAAGAAUUCAUUGACAUGGUAUCACACGAAAUGCGCAACCCACUCUCGGCCAUCUAUACAAGUGCAGAUACGAUAACACAUUCCCUGGCAGAAGCCCAGGGGAAGGGUAUCACCGAAGAAAGGCUUCUGGAGACUCUGAGGAGCAAUGCUGACUGUGCGAGGACUAUCAUGUCAGCGGCGAAGCUUCAAAAGCGCAUCAUUGACGACGUUUUGACACUUUCGAAACUUGAGUACCAGAUACUCUCAAUAUCUCCUCAGCCCAUGCAGCUCCCGGACGUGGUUGAUUCAAUGCUAAAAAUGUUUGAAUCGGACAUGCUCGCUCACCAUAUUCAUGCCUCAGCCGUCGCCGAACCGUCGCUGAAGGCCAAUAAUGUGGAUUGGGUUGUGUGUGAUCCUGCCCGUCUAUCACAAAUUCUAGUUAACUUCCUAACCAACGGCAUCAAAUUUACCAAAGCAGAGAGCAAGCGGGAGAUCACCGUCAGGUAUGGGGCUGUAACAUCAGAGCCUCGCAAGGCCUUCCCGGCAGCGGUCCACUGGGCACCAAUAGAUGAGCAGGCGGCUAGUGCAACGACGCCACAGGAGCCCUCAGAUGGUCCGCCGCUGUACUUGACUUUGACAGUCAAGGAUACAGGUGUGGGUAUGACUCCUGCUGAGAUGCAGAGAUUGUUCAGCCGCUUUGUGCAAGCCAACGCGAAGACAUCUAUAAAAUAUGGCGGCUCGGGCCUGGGUCUCUUUAUUUCAAAGCAACUCACAGAGAAGCUGGGGGGUGAGAUUGGGGUCCUCUCGGAACCAAGCGAAGGCAGUCUCUUCGCGUUCUAUGUAAAAGCUCAGUAUACCGAGCCGCCCGCCGCGGACCCAUCGAUCCACGACUUUCAGAAGGCUCCAUCGCCGCUAAGGACUAUGUCCACGCCCAUAGCAAAGGCCUUGCACGAUCUCAACCGCAUGCACGUCCUAAUCGUUGAAGACAACCAGCUCAUACAAACGGUUUUCGCCCAACGACUAGCAAAGGAGGGCUGCGUCGUUGAAGUUGCAAAUCAUGGCCUAGAUGCGCUCCAGCGGCUCCGGGAAACCAACUUGUGGCACGAGAGCACCUCGGUUGGCAAACACCUGGAUAUUAUAUUGAUGGAUUGGGAAAUGCCUAUCAUGGAUGGCUUAACGUGCAUUCGCGAGAUUCGCGAGCUUGAGAAAGUCGGCAAAUUAACAACCCAUAUCGAGAUCAUCACCACCACGGCGAACGCGCGGGAAGAGCAGAUCCAGAAGGCUCUAGCUGCUGGUGCUGACGCCGUUAUCUCGAAACCAUACCUCAUCGGCGAUCUGUUGAAGCUGAUGAGAGAGCGGUUGUCUCCUGCCCUCCGCCUCAAGCGAAUGUCCAGCUCUCCAUAG